UAGAAUUUACUUGAAUUAUAGUUAAGCGUAAAGCUAAUUAAAAGAAACAAUUUUGCUCUUUGUAACGAUCUAGAGGGUGUGGAAUAAUUAUCCGAUGAAUCAUGGAAUCACGAAGUCAAACGAUGACGAGUCCUCGGAGUCAGAGUGUCCUUGACGGCGCGACACGGGAACAAACGAACACGAGUCUGGCUUGGAGUCCUGUUCCUUCGCCUCUUCUGAAUUCAGAUUUCACGUCAGAUGUCGAAACUACUUCGAGUAAUGAGAGCGAUACUGAAAUGAGCCCAGCCAAAGAGCUUUCUUCUUCUGAUCUGCAGUCUUCGAAUAAUCUAUUCUUGAAUAUUCUUUACAAAAUACUUCGCAAACCCCCGUCUAAAAAAGAACAAGAGACUCAUGAAGAGAUAAAACGUAAGCUGCACCCCAAAAAGCGAAUAGCUGCCGAAUGCCUGGAAGAAUAUUCUCAAUCAAGAG